UCUCCGUUCAAAAAGGAGAAGCAUUCUGGCUCACCUAUCAAACCUGAGUCUGUCACCACGGUUUGGCCGGAAACUAAAAGCCUUUUCAGCCUCUUGUCACUUACAUUCACCAAGAAACUAUGAGCUGCUACUUCCCGCUAGGAACCAUGCUUUGGGUCCUAUGCGUCUUGCAGUUCAUGUUCCACAUGGCAGGUGGCUGCGCGAUCGAGGAAAGGAUUGCUCUUAUGCGCAUCAGAUCUUUGCUGGUGGAGGCAAACUCUGAAGUUCCUGCUUCUUGGGGACGGAGUGGCGACUGCUGCUCCUGGGAAAGGGUCCGAUGCAACAACAGCACACGAGUGUCGGGUCUCAACCUCGACUCCGUGUACAGAAACGAUCAUAUUGGAGAUCCAUGCUGGAAUCUCAAUUUGACCAUGUUUAACUCGUUUCAUGAGCUUCAGCAGCUGGAUUUAUUUCAGAAUUCCGCCUGUCUUCAGAAUUUUGAAGGCCUUCAAGGAUUGACUAAGCUUCGGUAUCUCAACCUCAGCAACAACAGAUUGAUCGAGAAUAAUAUCUUGGAAUCUCUUGGUAAAUUGGCUUCUCUUGAAGUCAUAAAUUUUGAGAAAACCGGUUUGAGCGGUGCUCUUCAGAAUAUUGCUUUCAGAAAUCUCAAGAAGUUGCGAGAUUUGCGUCUAGGAUUCAAUCUAAUGAAUGGAAGCAUCCCAGCCUCCUUAUUUGAGCUUUCAUGCCUUGAAUAUUUGGAUCUUUCAUACAAUCUCCUUCAAGGACACAUACCGAAGAUGGACCUCACAGGAACCCUCAAAAGCUUGCGAGAACUGCAUCUAGGAUCCAACCGACUGAAUGGAAAGUUUGAUUUCUUUUGGCUUCGGAACUGUGCCAUGCUAAAGGACGUAGAUCUAUCAGGAAAUGCUGAAUUAGCUAUUGAUGUGAAGUUCCUUACAAGUGUGACCCCAUUUCAACUGAGAGCACUAAUGCUCUCUGGGUGUAAACUUGACAAUACUAUCAUUUCAGGACCAAAUUUAUUUGGCACACAACGUCAUCUGCAAUUCCUUGAUCUGUCCAACAACAACUUUUCAGGGAGCCUGCCUAACUGGAUGUUUACAAAUGAAGCGCCUUUGCUGUAUCUGGGUCUUGCACAUAACUCGCUGGUAGGAUCAUUGGAUCAUCUGAUGUGGCAGCAACAAUCGAGUCUCCAAAUGAUCAACAUAUCUAUGAACUAUUUCACAGGACAGCUUCCAAUGGACAUCAGCUCAGUAUUUCCGAAUCUGACAGCUCUCGAUGCUUCUUACAAUAAUAUUUCUGGCCAUUUACCACCAUCUCUGUGCAACAUUAAAUCCUUGGAAUUUGUGGAUCUAUCAAACAAUAAACUUACAGGAGAGGUGCCAGCUUGCUUGUUCAAUGAGUGUUGGUCGCUGGAAUUCCUGAGGCUCUCGAACAACAAUCUCGGGGGUCCGAUACUUGGUGGAGCUAAUACACAUUUGUCUUUCGCGGCAGGAUUAUAUCUUGAUAGCAACUAUUUUGAGGGACCAUUGCCUAACAAUCUAUCAGGUGAAAUGUCAAUCAUGGAUUUUCAUGAUAAUAAAUUGUCAGGUGAACUUGAUGUAUCAUUUUGGAAUACUCCUUCAUUGGAAUUUUUAAGUGUUGCUAGCAAUGGUUUAACUGGUCAAAUUUAUCCAACGAUUUGCAACUUGACUGGUCUUCACUAUUUGGAUGUAUCCAAUAACGACUUUGAAGGAUCUAUACCAAACUGCAGCAGUAAGUUAAUGCUGUAUUUUCUGAACAUGUCGAGCAAUACCCUCUCAGGAUUCCCUAGUUAUUUUGUCAAUAGCUCCAACGUUGUAGCUCUCGAUAUAGGAUAUAACCGGUUCAUGGGCAGUCUUGAUUGGAUACAACAUCUUUAUAAAAUACAACUGCUCCUGUUGGGCAGGAAUAUGUUUGAGGGGCAUAUCUCUGCAGAACUCUGUCAUCUCCAGCACUUGAAUAUUAUUGAUUUGUCACACAACAGACUUUCAGGUUCAUUGCCACCUUGCAUUGGUGCUAUCCCAUUUGGAUACCAUACAGAUGAUGAUAAUUUUUUCUUCAUGUUCUACGGUAUUAGCUUCGAUGUGAGGCUUUCUAGUAUGGAUUACGACAUUCCGUUGGUCUUGUAUGACACCAAUAAUAUCCUCCAAGGCUUCACCUUCUCCACUAAAGGAAACAUUUACACAUAUAGCCGCGGCUUCUACAAUCUCAUGUCCGGCAUUGACUUAUCGGCGAACAUGCUAUCAGGGGAGAUCCCUUGGGAGGUAGGGAAUCUGAGCCAUGUCAAGUCCCUCAACCUAUCGCAUAAUUUCUUUAUCGGUCAAAUCCCAGCUACCUUUGCAAACAUGAGGGCCAUAGAAAGCCUGGACUUGUCCCAUAACGAGCUGAGCGGACCUAUACCUUGGCAGCUGACUCAGAUGUCAUCUUUGGAGGUGUUCUCUGUGGCCUACAACAACUUGUCAGGGUGCGUACCGAGCUCCGGUCAGUUUAGCUCGUUCAGCAUGGAGAGCUACCUGGGCAACACAGACCUUCAGAAUUCGUCACGGGGGAACCAGUGUUCACCUGCUCCCGGCUCUAUGGAAGUGGAAGAUGUGGGCGAGGCAGCUGAUGAUCCGGUACUUUAUAUUAUCGGCGCCGCCUCAUUCGUAUUGGCAUUCUGGGCAACCGUUGCGUUCUUGUUCUGCCUUCCAUUCGGGCAGCGUGUGAUGCUUCAACUAUAGCUCAUCACAACCGUUGAACAGGUGCAACCAAUGUUUUUCUUUCCUUCUAGUUAUGGGUAACGAGAAAGCCAUGUAUGCUUGAUGUUUUUGUUCUGUUUCUUCACGUUUUGAAUCUUUGAAACAAGUUUAGUGGUGUGUAAUAUAAUAGUGUCGCCUUUUUCUUCGACGAUGUCUCCAUCGCAUUGUACCCUUUUGACUUCUGUUCUGAAAGGAAUGUAUCAGACUGUACAAUUCAAUGGUACAGGGUAGCAUUGAGAAGAACUACCUGUAAUUGCAUGGCCUUACAUG